AUGACAACACCUUUUAAAACACAUGAUGGACAGACAGAGUUGGGUGACAUGAUCGAGUGGCAAAAUGGAGACUUUUGCAAAGAAAGUUACAACUUCCCGGUCGAUUCAACAUUAAUCGGAGAUCUUUACAUCACGGUCUUCCAGUUCGAUUUCGGAUGUUUAGAUAUUGGAGGCUGCUAUCCGGACUCAAAGCUGUUCGAUCCAAAAAUGAAAAGAAUCACUCCGUGUAAAUAUGUGGAACAAGGUCCAUACGAGAGUGUGGCAAAGUAUUGUGAUGUGGUGAAGAAUUCUGGAGAAGGACUCUACACGAUGCAAAUUACAGCAAUGGGCGGAGGGUUAGAGCAGUGUUUUUUGUUGAGGAGUGCUCAAAUUUCUCAGUUCUUGCCAAAUCGUAGUCAAUGCUCCGACAACUCUCGUUCUCGAUGGCGGAUUUGUGAUGUUUCCUCAAGA